AUCUCGGGUCGACCUGCCCGUUGAGUGCGUUUUCGACAGUUGUUGGCGACGGUUGCCCCGUCACUGUCUCGGUAUCGGUAUCGCCAGAGAACUUUUUUCCCAGUGUAAUGUUCCGUGUGUGAUACGAAACUCAGAAAAUCCCCCCGAAACGUGAAAUUUUGUAUAAUGUUUUCAUAACAAUCGUUCCUGCUGCGAAACAAGAGAAACAUGGCGUAAAAUGUAGCUACUUGCUUGUUUUUUUUAUGUAUGAACGCGAAAAUAAAUAAAUAAAUAAAUUGAGAGAAUUUACAAGCAGACGCCACGCGGUGACCGAAGGCGUACAACGUGAUAAAGUGCAAUACCUAACUACGAAAAUAAGCAAAAGAAUAGUCGAAGAAGAAAGACAGAAUCGCAGACAAGGAGGACGCCUGCAAAUUGAACGUAGUGCAACGAACCCAAACCGAACUCGAAGUCCAAAGCCCGAACCCCAACCCUUAGUUAAGCGAGGGUUGCACGAGCAUCAGCCCAGUCACCCCCUUGCCGCAGCUGACUGACUGACUGACUGACUCAUCAUCAGAGUUAGACUCAGCGACGACGUCAACGUCAGAGUUCAGGACAGAGAAGCUGGCGCUGUUGCUGCAUUCGCUUGCGGUGCGUAGCCAAAAACAAGAAAAAAAAAAACAACAAAACAACUGGCCAAAGCAAAAACCAAAGCAUAAAGCAUAGCUUCUUUUAUCGAAUUGUACUCGUACUUCUACAUCGCAGCAGCUUACAACAAAAAAUCAAAUAAAUAACAAAAAAGGGCAGCGAUUUUAUUGAUUUUGCUUUUUUACAUUCAUUCUAUCGAUAUCGAAUCCAUUAAACCGCAUUUGUAAAAAGUAAACAUAGCAAAAAGCAAAACAAUCGGACGUCGUGUAAAUUACAAACAUCUCUACGGCAUUUUCCCAAGGAAAAAAGUCAAUUUCAAAUGAAUUUCACAAGCCAAGCGAACUGUAAUUGCCAACACAACAAUCACCGUCAUCAUCAUCAUCAUCAGCAGCAGCAGCCGACGCUUAUCAAGAGCCAUACUUGCGCGUAUCAGUUGCAGGAUUUGGCUGGCUAUAAUCGUGCGCUCAUGCCACCGCUGGACAAUACGGAUUUCAGCAGCGCCUGGCGACAUGUCAACAACAACAGCAACACACCAUGUGCCUACCAUCAGCAGCAUUGGGCCAAGGCAAAGUCAUCGCCACAGCACAGACAGUAUCAUCACCACACGUGCCCGCGCCAAAAGAAAUCAGCCACAUCCACACCGACGUCUACCAUGUGCCGACAGCAAUCGCAGCAGCGUCGUUCACGCUCCACAUCCUCGGCGAGCAAACAGCGUCGGAAUAGCUCAUAUCAUUCCUAUGAUGACUUGGAUUCAUCCUCUGCGGUGACGAACGCGGAGCGCAAAGUGGUCGCCAGUCUCAAAUAUUUGUGUGCUUGCACCGGCGCCACACUGCGCAAUUUAUCGAAGAAGACGAAAGAUUUGCAUGCCAAGAACUAUACCUACACCAAGCCCACGUGGCGCCUUUGGGGCGAAGAGCACGAGAAGAAUGCAAUUUUCACCGUCUACCUGAAGAAGGUGCGCUACCAUCGACCCACGCCCACGGCGAGCAAUCAAGACUCGGAUGAUGAAAUUUCACAUCUGGAAUGGGAGACGGUGCGAGUGCGAUUUGUAAAGGCAGCCACAUUGGCCCGCCUGGUGGAGGCACUGGCCACAGACGACGGUGAAUUGGAGUCGACCUUUAUCAAUGUCUUCCUGUCCACAUACCGCACCUUCUCGACCCCCAAACAGGUGCUCAGUCUGUUGACGCAACGCUAUGAUGCCCUGCAUGAGAAGCAUGUUGAAGAACUGGAGCUGGCACAGCAGAAUGGCACGGCAGAGGACCAGAGCUAUGAUUCACCAGCCUCCAUACACGAGCAGCACAAGAAAACUCUAGUCUCGGCGUUGCACGUUUGGCUCGAUGGGUUUCCCGAGGAUUGGCAUGAGGAUAAUCUGCAGCAGAUUCUCGCUUUUGCAACUAAGCGUCUCAAACGCUCCGAUUUGCACGUCAAGGUGUUGAAUCGCCUGGAACGUCUGCUAAGGCAGCAGGUCUAUGGCGGAGGCGCCUCCAAUAAUGUGGAUAACACUGCUCUUCCCUGGCUCUCCCCUCAAGGCGGUCAACAGUUCAUGAUGCAUACGCCAUGUGGUUCAACCUAUGACCUGAGUGAUCAGUUCAAUGGCUUGUACCUGGCGCCCAUCUAUCGUGGACCCACGCACUUCAUGCAGGCGUUUCGUUUUCCUCACGUUCCCGUACGUCGCUUUGCCGAGCAGCUUACUCGCAUGGACACGGAUCUCUUCAAGCGCCUAAUCCCACAUCAAUGUCUCGGACACACGUGGGCACGGAGGGACAGUGGGGGCUCUGAGACUGUCGUCGCCACCAUCAACCAAUUCAACGCGGUGCUGUUCCGUGUAGUGUCUAGCAUACUCAUCGAUCGCCUCAAACCGCAGGAACGCGCCUUGAACAUAUCGCGCUGGAUUGAUAUUGCCCAGGAACUGCGCAUGCUCAAGAACUUCAGUUCCCUAAAGGCCAUUAUCUCGGCAUUAAACUCCAAUUCCAUAUACCGACUCUCCAAAGUCUGGGAGUAUUUGCCCAAAGAACGCAUGGAAAUUUUUACGGAGCUCGCUCGGAUUUGCUCUGAGGACAACAAUGCUUGGACACUGCGUGAGGUGCUGAAGCGGGAGGGAACUGCCAAAAAUCCGGAUCCGGCUGGUGAUCAAACGGAUCGUCAUCUGCUGAAGUUGAUACAGAAUUUGGGCACACAGACUUCGCAUGGGACCAUCCCAUAUCUGGGCACAUUUCUGACCGAUCUGACCAUGAUACACACUGCCAAUCCUGAUUACCUCACGGAAGACAAGCUCAUUAAUUUCGAUAAGAAGCGCAAGGAGUUCGAGGUGCUGGCGCAGAUCAAGCUGCUCCAAGGUGCCGCCAACACGUACAAUCUCCAUGAGGAUGCGCUCUUCGAUCAUUGGUUUGGAUCGAUGCCACUGCUGGAUGAGAGGCAGGCGUUUGCACUCAGCUGCCAGUUAGAGCCGCCGCCGCCGGCGCCGAGAAAAUCAGUGGCCAGCACAAACACCUCGCUAACAAAUACGACAGCCUCUUCGACGGCCUCGAUAAUGGGGAGCGGGGGGCAUGGUCAUCGGAAGACUGACUCCAUACACUCCAAUUCGAGCAGUGGGGCGGGCUCUCAGUUCUACUGUGAACUGAACAGCAGCAACAGCUCCAGGCACAACUCGCUCGACCGUGAUGCUCAUCACGCUUCGCUGAUGUCCGCCUCGAGCAGCACCUCCAAUCUGUCCAUGGACUCCAGCAACUCGGGCGGACGGCAGUCGGCUCAUAGCAAGCUCACGCAUUCCCAGUCACUGGGCAAUGGCCUAAAGAAUGCCGCUUUGACCAAUGGCACCACAAACGGAUCCAAUGGAUCGCCGCACACCCACAUCAAUGCACAGCUAGUGCAGCCAGCUGGUGUCGUCACCCAAUCCGCACCAGACUUCUACAUUAUCCGAGUGACCUAUGAAACAGAUAACAUCGAGCUGGAUGGCAUUGUGCUCUACAAGAGUAUCAUGUUGGGCAACAAUGAGCGCACGCCGCAGGUCAUCAGGAAUGCGAUGCUGAAGCUUGGCCUGGAAGAUGAUCCCGAUAGAUACACGCUCGCCCAGGUGCUGCCAGACAAGGAGCUGGUCAUGCCCAAAACGGCGAAUGUCUACUAUGCAGUGAACACCAACUACAAUCUCAAUUUCAUACUGCGACCUCGCAAGGACGAUGUCGGAGGAGGUGGAGGAAGCUAGUCCUCAGCUGUGCCCCUAUCCCAGUUGUGGUGCUUGGGGUACGAGGGCGAGGAGUGAGAACAGAGCAACAAAUAUGUGUAUAUACUUAUACUAUACUCUAUAUAGAAACACCAUCCGCACAUGACAACAAAUUUUAGUUGAUACGAUUAAUGUAUUAAUUUAUUUAUUAUCUGCAUAGCACAGAAUAGAAUGCCAGAAACACAGGGAGCGAUAUAGAGUAUCGAUAACAAUUUGGUUGUCGACUAACCCGUCAAUUAGCUUGUACUUGUGGAAUCUCCAUUUCCGUUAAUUACUCCACAGAGUUUGGAAUUGUAUAUCAUACAUCUGUAUAUGUUUAUUUGUAGACUCGAAAACUGGAAAACUUGCUGAUAUUUAUUAAUUAUACACAUAUUCUUUUUACUGAUAUGAUUAGACUUAUUAAGCGAUUGAUAUUCAAAAUGUGGUACAAUAAUUUUGAGGUUUAGAAUCGAUAUUAAUUUAAAGAGGAACCACGAAUAUGUAUGUACUUUAUUAAGCAAACAUUCAACCAACAAUUUAUAUGUAUUUGUAUAGAUGUUUUAUUGCUGUACGUGUACGUGUAUUGUAAAUACAACAAUACGAAUUGUAACUAAUUAUUUAGGGAGGGAUGCAUUCAAAAUAUGCAUUACCUUUUUAUAGGCUCUCUACACUUUACACUUAGUUAAGAUAUUGUAUUCGAUUGUAUAUUUAGCAUUACAGUACAAUUACAAGAAUUAUAUACAUACAUAUGUGUGUAUCCAAAUCUA